GACGUUUUUGUCUGUUGCAUCGCGAACCUUCGGAGGCUACUACAAUGAUUUACUCUCGGCUUUCGAGAGUCCCCCAAGACGAGACAGUCAACGAGCUGCAUCAAACAACUACCAUGGAAAGCGUCGAAGCCGCUCAGUCGCUCCAUUAUGGCGGUUUUUAAGUCUCAGUACCUAAAAGUGACCAGAAGACUCUCUGCUUGUUCCUCAGAAGUAGUAUAAUUGUUUUUCUUGUGAUUGUGGCUGCAUCAAUCUUCUGCAUCUGCUAGGUCUCUAAGGUCUCGGAUAGCUAAGCCGGCGCUAGCACAACUUGAUUUUGGAUCAGACGAGCCGGAUAGCAGCAGGGCAGGACAACGCCGCGUGAAGCGCUCUCACGGGCGAGAUCAUGUGGCUACUUCUUCCAGGUCAACUUUUUCGCCAACAUAUACAACUAGCAAAAACACUGGAGAAAUGCAUAGACGAGACCUGCAUUUUGGUCAGGAGUACAACAAUACACCGCAAUCCACCUCUAAAGACUGGCUCUACAGUACUAGGACAAGAAGUGCGAAUAUUAAUUCUGAUCUACUUCGGGGAGAAGUUGAAAAGGAUAGGUUGAGUAGGU